AUGUGGUUUCGAGGCCAACUACUGCUCGUCCUGGCAGGUGUGCUAUCCUGCGGCACCGGUGCGAUGGAGGAGCUGUUCGAGGACGACCCGUGCACACUGCACACGGGUGAGCGCGGUGUUUGCCGGAGGGCGAUCGCCUGUACCUGGCUCAAGGGUGCCAUCCGAUCGCAGGAGAUCACCUACGCCCAGCUGAUCCGUUGUGGGUUCGACCGGGACGAACCGAUCGUGUGUUGUCGCACUGAUCCUGUGAAGGCGACGCGCGUUGGAGUUCAACCAGCGACAAAGGCUUGUGCGACAUAUGACGGGAAGAGGCCACAGUUGGCGUACCAUAUCGUGGGCGGCAGUGAGGCGGAGUCCGGUGAGGUGCCGUUUAUUGGAGCACUAGGCUAUCGACUUGGAGAUCAAUCGAGUGAGGAUAGUGCAGGAUAUAAGUGGGCCUGUGGAAGUAGUCUCAUUGCACCUAGCUUCCUGAUGACGGCAGCUCACUGCAUUGAUACCGUACAUGGUUCGCCAGUAGUCGUUCGCAUGGGUACACACAACCUGCUAUCGCCUCCUAUACCAGAAGAAGUGCAAGAUCGUCUCAUCAAGCGCAUCAUCAUACAUCCCGGGUACAAGAAGAACCUGAAGUACGAUGACAUCGCCCUCUUGGAGGUGGUCAGUCCGUUUAAAUUCGAUGAAGUAGUACAGCCAGCGUGUCUCACCAUCGAUCGGAAUGAUUUACCGACCUCCACCGUUCUACUCGUGGCUGGUUGGGGCCUCACUACCAAAGGCGACGAAUGCAUGCUGAGGGAUGGAACUCCUGGUGUUUGUACCGAUGCCACCGCCUGCCCGUGGUUCCUGGAGGUGAUCGUGAAGAACAAGCGCUUUGCUGAUCGCGUGUCCUGCGGCUUUGAUGGACUGGUUGAGGUGAUCUGCUGCAAAACGAACAGUACGGCUCGCCCGUCUGGCGUACGAUCGCGGUUGGCCUGUGAACAGGUGCCGAAGUAUACGUCCAGGUUGACGUUCCACAUCAUCGAUGGGGAGGAGGCGAGUGAGGGCGAGUUUCCCUUUAUGGCCGCUCUUGGUUAUCCCUCGGAUGAACCAUCUCAGAACGUUAGCUAUCGAUGUGGAGCGAGUCUGAUCGCAGCUGACUUCCUACUUACGGCAGCUCAUUGUAUUCCCACAAGUGACCGACCAACGGUGGCCAUUCUUGGUACUAAUAACCUCGCGCCUGAUAAUCCUGGUGUCAUCGUGGGGAUCAAAGCAUUCUUUCCACAUCCGGACUACCGGACGAAUCGGAACUACCACGACAUUGCGCUGGUGCAACUGGAACGGCGCAUUGAGAACGAACCGGAUGUGAACCCAAUUUGCCUAAACGACGACCUGAAGGAUCUGCCAGAAGAGACCGUGCUCACCGCCGAGGGUUACGGCAUCAUUGAUCUCGAUCGUAACCUGCGGUCCAACCAGUUAAUGAAGGUCAACCUCACAACAGUGGCGCUGCAGAAGUGCAACCAGAGCUUCGCCGACAGCAACCUGCUGAAGAACAACCGCAAGCUCCCACAGGGCAUCGUCGCGACGCAGUACUGCGCAACUGGGCGAGAGAACGAAAACACGAAGGUGGUUGGUGACACCUGCCAGGGUGACUCUGGUGGACCACUCCAGAUCCUGGACGAUGGCAAGUACAAGCUGGUCGGUGUGACUUCGUUCGGGAAUGGGUGUGGUAGCAACACACCGAGCGUGUCAACACGUGUUGCGGCUUAUAUCGAUUGGAUCGAGAGCAUCGUGUGGGGCUGAUGGAGGGCGCCAGGACUCCCUAAAGAGGUGAUACGUAAAGUACUCUGCGGUAGAGCAUGAACGUUCGCCAUAUCUAAAGUCAAACGUAGAAGCUUAAGCAGGAUAAGCGAGUGUGUGAGACAGAGCAAACGUAGACAGAACAAAUUAGCAAGGGCUUAGAAGAUGCGACCGGUGAAUACUCAAGCAAGCAACGGAUUUGGGAGGUUCUAACUUCAUUCUACCAAAAAAAAAGCCCAUUCUCAAACGACCAAGCCCAUUCCACUACUGACUCGUGAUGCAUGCGUGCGCGACUAAAAUUUUUCAUACUGAAAGUGCUAAUACUAAUUAAUGCUAGUAAA